GCUCUGGUGCCUCUCCGACGCCGAGCCCUACGGCGGGAGGCUCCUCGCCGACGCCGAGCCCUACGGCGGGAGGCUCCUCGCCGACGCCGAGCCCUACCGCGGGAGGUUCAUCAUCAUCGACGCCGAGCCCUACAUCGGGAAGCUCCUCGCUGACACCGAGUCCCACAUCGGGAGGCUUCUUCCCGACGCCCAGCCCUGCCGCGGGAGGGACCUCGCCGACGCCGAGCCCUACGGCGGGAGGCUCUUCGCCGACGCCGAGCCCCGCAUCGGGAGGAGGCCCCUCCCCGACGCCGAGCCCCGCCGCGGGAAGCCCUUCGCCAUCGACGCCGAGCCCCACCGCGGGAGGCCCUUCCCCGACGCCGACCUCUGCCGUCCCCUCGACGCCGAGCCCCACCGCGGGAAGCCCCUCGCCGACGCCGAGCCCUACGGCGGGAGGCUCAUUGGCGCCGCGCCGCCCUCCGCAACGGGCGACCCGCACUUGGUCAACGUGCUUGGCCAGAAGUUCGAUAUCAUGCAGCCUGGGAGGCACGCCCUCCUCGUGGUGCCGCAGGGCGCGAUCGGCAUCCAGAGCGUCCUGCUCAGGGUGGUGGCAGAGGUGCAGGCGGACGGACCUUCGUGCGGCGACAUGUACAUGAAGGGCAUCAACAUCACGGGGCUCUGGGCCGAGGGCUUCGCUGCCACCUCCUACCGCAGCGGCCACCAGACCGGGGCGCCUGCAGGUUGGCAGCAGUACGGUGCCCUCGGCGUCAAGGUGGUCUGGGGCCGUACUUCGCGCGGCGCCGAGUACCUGAACAUCUUCGUGCGCGGCCUGCGCACGCUGGCGCUUCCGGUGGGCGGACUGCUCGGGCUGGACGACCAUUCCGCCGCGGCGGCGCCGCGGCUCCAGUGCCAGAGGACUUUGGACCUCCUGCAGACCGCCAGCGUCCGCUGA